CAUAAAGCAUCAGCCUAUCAUUGUUGCCAUCAUAGACCUACAAUCGACAAUGCCGGACAAGAACAAUCCUCCCAUCAUGAAGACGACUCGUCGAUCGGCUCGUCGUCGCGGUCAAGAACCAGUGGUGGCUCCUGGCUUUGGGACGAAGCAAGAUAUUGAAAAGCUCAGCCAGGACUUGAGUGAAGGGGCCGAGAAGCCAUUGCCGGCUUCCUCCGUGGAAGCCAUGAUGAAUUGUCAUGGAAAAGGUGUGUUUAGUCCUCACAAAUCAUCGAAUUCCAAUAAUUCCCAACCAGGCGCCACCAGUUCGGCUUGGGCGGAUUUCAUGAAGGAGGAGGGUGUGGAUCUCUACGGAAGAUCCUCCUCCAAAGACAAAGACAAUAACAAUGACACUACUAAAUCAGACGACGAACCGAAGCAACCACAACCACAACGCAAAGAUGCUAGUACCAAGAAAAAGUCUGGCAAACGCAAAGCGUACAAUCUCGACGCAUUGGCGCAUCCCAAGUUUUCCAGCAAAAAGGCCAAAUUGGCCGCCGCCGAAAAGGGCGGUGUCUUGGUACAGAGUGGAACACUCGAUGUCACGGUCAUUGGUCGCAAGGGAAUCAACUCCAAGGAAACACCGUCCUAUCAAAUAUCCGUACCCACCCGCAUUCUACCCGGCAUCAAGAUUACCAAAGUCUUUACCAGUUCCAAUGCCUGUCAUUCCAUUGCCAUUUGCUCGCAAGGACACGCGUACGGAUGGGGACGCAAUGAUCAGGGACAACUCACUUCUACCUUACCCGCCAAUGUGGCAUGUCCCACACUCAUCGAAUCCCUGGCGGAUUAUACCAUUGUCGCCGCGGCCUGUGGAAAAUCACACACGCUCGUAUUGACCAAUGCGGGAACCGUCAUGGCCGUGGGAGCCAACAAAGUCGGUCAGUGUGGUGUCAAAUCCACCACCGAUAGUGUCGGGCAAUUCAAGGCGUGUGUCUUUCCAGGAGAAAUCAAAAUUGCGCAGAUUGCCUGUGGAGAACAGUUCUCGGUAGCCCUCAGUGAAGAAGGAAAAAUCUACACUACUGGAUCCAGUGAGUACGGACAAUUGGGGAAUGGAGAAACGGGAGAGUACUUUGUCACGGCAUCCAAACUGGCGUUUGCCAAUUGCAAUGUCUUUACACUACGCGACACGUUUAUGGAACGAGAUCCCGCAGAAGAAUCGGCACGAUCGUCCUACAAACACGACAAACUGACCAAAAUUCAAGAGGAUAUACGCAUUCAAUCCAUUGCUUGUGGCAAGAAUCAUACCAUUGCCGUCGAAGCCAAUUACGAAAAAGAUGAGGAGGAUGACGAUGAUCAUCAACGUCUUCGAGUCUUUAGCUGGGGGUGUGGUAAUUAUGGAGUCCUGGGACAUGAAAUUCAGGCGGAUGAGUAUUAUCCGCGGGAAAUUGCCACGCUGGGAAGCACCCUGUGGUUGCCGCCUGGUCCCUUGACGGCUAGUGCUGGAGCCAGUUGUUCCAUGUUGAAAACGUCCAAUGGACAUGUCUACUACUUUGGCAAACAUCGUUCUGUCGGGGAAGCCGAAAUGAAACCGAAAUUAGUGGAAGCCCUUGCCAACAAUCGUCAUGUCGUUUCUCACUGCGACGGUGGAGCUCAAACUGUGAUUUGCUCUACCGAAACAGCUCAAACGGUUGCAUGGGGUCAAGGCCCGCACGGAGAACUUGGCCUGGGAACGGCAAAAUCCAGUGCCAAACCACAAUUCGUUGAAAGUCUCACCGGCUGUCGGGUUCAACAUUUGGCAUGUGCCUAUGGCCACACGUUGUAUGUCAUCAAGGAUGAAGAUGCAGAGGACAAAAAGGCCAUUGAGAAGUUGCCCCUCUUGCCAAAGACUGCCAAGGCGGACCUGGAGGCUGUGUGGGCCAGCAUGCCUGCAGGUGGUGCUGGUGGAGGCAAACCCGGCAAGCCAGGCAGAAAAAAGUCUGCCAAGAAGGACUGAAAUCAUUCUAUUCUGUUAGCUAGCCAGUAGAGAAAAAUUGCUAUCUUAGAAAACAAAAAGUACAGGCAGGUACUUGUUAGGUCUUG